AUGCAUACGCCGCCCGAGAAACGCCGCGGCGGAUCCCAUGCCAUUCGUACCGGCCCGGCACACGUACACCGCCAGAGUGGCAGCUCUCACAACGCCCACGGCGCCGGCGGCAACCUCCCGACUCCGCCGCCCCGCGCCGCCGUCGUCAACGGCAAUGUCGUCGCCGGUGCCGACGGUGCCCACGACGGUGCCGGCAGCGGCAACGGCGCUGGGGGAGGCAACGGCAACGGUGCUUCGGGAGGACCCUCCAUGUCGGACCGGAGAGAUAAGGAAAAGGACAAGGAAAAGGAAAAGGACAAGGACGGUGGCGGCCGCGCGAGCUCGGGAAUCGGCCGCACCGGCAGCAGCGCCAAAGGCAGGAGCCGCUUCGAUGCGCUGCUGCGGGAGAAGAACGAGCAGAUUGCGCUCCUCGAAAAGGACAAGAACGACAUGGAGCGCGAGUUCCAGCGCGCUCUUGACCAGCUCAGCCAGAGCGAGAGCGAGACGGCCACCUUCUGGCAGUCCAAACACAGCGCCCUGAAUCAGCAGUUCCUCCGCACCGACACCGAGCUCCGCCUGCUGCGUGCCGAGGUUGACCUGCGUGACGGCGAGCGCGAUGAGCUCCGUCGCGGCUGGGAGGUGCUGCGUCGUGAGCUCGGUGAGCGAGACGAGGAGAUCAGGAGCCUCCGCGCCCAGAUCCGUGGCCUCAAGGACUUUGUCAGCACAAGUACGCGCGCCCAAGGCCAGACGACCGACGAGGUCUUUGGCGACGGCAUGACGAGGUUGGGCAACCGCCUGCAGAACUGGGUCAUCGUGCACUUUCGCAAAGCGAAGCUUGCCGGUGCUGACCCCGGCCCAGCAGACUUGUCCGACGUCGAUGAUGCAACGCUGGCGGAGCUGGGCGAGCUGGUGCCCAUGUAUGAGGAGCUCGUCGACUCGGCCAAAGUACACCUGCUGCAGUCCAUCGUAUCCCGCAUCUUGGUGGAUAUGGUCUUUGACGCCUACUUUGUCGGCCUGUCGGAGGAGCAGACGCGGCACGUUAGGCAGAUGGAAGGCCUGCUCUCAUCGUUCGCCGUCCCCGACGAGGCCAUCAAUCAGUGGCGCUCGUCCACCCUCGAGCUCCUCCGCCACGAGGCCCCCGAACCCCUACACGCGGGCACGAGCAAGUGCGUCGAGUCGGUCAUCGCCCGCGCCAACCGCAUCCUCGACGCCAUCACCGUUGCCUCCUCCGCCGACGCUCCACCGACGUCGUCGGCAUCAAAACCACGCCCGGGGUCCGACGCACGCGACGCGGCGCUGCGUGUCCUCGUGAGCAACUCGGUGGAGCUUGCCCGCUUGCUCGUCGUGCAGAGGGCUGUCCUGCGGGUGCACAUGCCUGUUGUGCUACCCCACCAGCAGGUGCUGUUCGAACCGGAGUCCAUGGAAGACAUUGGCGGCGAGGACGAGGACGCCCUGGCGAGGAGAGAGAUCCUGCCAAGGUGCUGUGCAGUCCAGGGCUAUGACCACGAGCUGUCUGUCCGAGACACGACAGCGCAUAUCGCACUGCACCUCUGGGUUCUUUUCGCCAAGAUCUACGCUCAAGCAUCCGCGCCUAUGGUGCACUCUCACCUACCAGCGGGUCGGGUGUUGGGUGACGGAGGCGGUUACGCGGGGUUACAUGGCAUGGGCAUCUGCGAGACCACCAACCGCGAGGCCGAGGACCACCUUUUGUACCUGGCCGGUGCGUCCUGA